GUUCAAAUAUUAAUUUUUAUUUCGUAUAAAAUGUCGUUUCGGGUACACCAAUUUGUGAAUACUUCUCGGUUAAUAUUAAGGACAAAUCAUAUUGCGAGUUGUAGACGAAUCAAUGAACCAAAGAGUUACUCUUCGUAUUCGAAGUCGGAGACUUUUCUAAGUGGUACAAAUGCGAACUUUCUGGAAGCUCAAUACUUGGAAUGGUCGAAAUCUAAGGGAUCUGUGGAUUCGUCGUGGGACGGCCUCUACGAAAGCGUAAAUAGUCCUAAAUUACAGAUAGACGAGUUUCAGGAUGAUUUCAGUCCCAAAAGUACCAAACCGAAACCAUCGAAAGAAACAGAUAAAGCUAUAAGACAUAACAUUAAACUCCACUUGGCUGUUCAGAAUCUUAUAAGAAGUUAUCAGGCGCGCGGUCACCUACUCUCAAAAACAGACCCGCUCGGGCUCACAAUGGGCGCGCGAUGGGUGCUCAACAUGCAAAGUGCACCGCUUGACCUCAUGGGAGUUAACUGCAAGAUCAUUGCGAGGGAAUUGGGCACUAUACUGGGAGAAGAACACAUGGAUAUGGAAUUCGAAUUACCUCCUCGGACAUUUAUCGGAGGCAAGGACGUUGCUUUAACUUUAAGGGAAAUAAUAAAUCGCUUGGAACGAGUAUACUGUUCUUCGAUAGGCGUCGAGUACAUGCACCUGUACAGUCCAGACGCGUUACAGUUCAUAAGAGAACGUAUGGAGUUACCCGGUGCUUUGGAUAAAACGAUCGAAGAGAAACGGCUGAUUAUGAGAAGACUGACUAAGGCCGUUUUCUUAGAGAAAUACUUCGCAACAAAAUGGCCAGCGGAAAAGCGGUUCGGUCUAGAAGGUGGCGAGAGCAUGAUCGUGAUGCUUGAAGAAAUUGUUGACACAAGCACUGAGCUUGGUGUAGAAUCUAUUGUUAUGGCUAUGCAGCACAGAGGUCGUCUCAAUAUGUUAGUAAAUGUAUGUCGCAAACAAUUGACGGACAUUUUUGCUCAAUUCAAACCAAUGGAACCUAAAGAACCUGGUUCUGGAGACAUUAAAUACCAUUUGGGGACAUACAUACAUCGCUUUAUCCGGAAAACCAAUAAAUAUAUAAAGGUGUCUAUGAGUUGCAACCCUUCUCACUUGGAGGUCGUAUCUCCUGUGGUAAUUGGGAAGACGAAGGCUGAACAGUUUUUUAAGGGCGAUAAUAAUGGUGAUAAAGUAAUGGCCAUAGUAAUGCAUGGUGACGCUGCCUUCUGUGGCCAAGGUGUGGUCUACGAGACCAUGCAUCUAUCUGAACUACCAGCCUUUACUACCCAUGGGUCUAUACACAUUGUGUGCAAUAACCAGAUCGGGUACACCACGGACCCGAGGUUCGCUAGGAGCUCUCCUUAUUGCUCUGACGUAGCCAAGUGCGUGAACGCACCAGUCCUCCAUGUGAACGGCGACGACCCAGAAGCCGUGGCCCACGUGGCGCGUCUCGCGAUCGAGUACCGCUGCCGCUUCAAGCGCGACGUGGUGCUCGACCUCGUGUGCUACCGCCGCUUCGGGCACAGCGAGGAAGACGAGCCCAUGUUCACGCAGCCCUUCAUGUACAAGAAGAUCCGCUCCAUGCGCACGAUUGAUCAAAUAUACGGAGAUAAGUUGAAAGCAGAGGGAGUGGUCACUGACGCAGAUAUUAAGGGCUGGGAGAAGGAAUAUAUGGACACUUUGAACAAGCACUUCGAACUAGCCAAAAAAGUCACCAAAUUGAGCAUCAUGGACUGGAUUGAUACACCCUGGACUGGGUUCUUUGAAGCUAGAGACCCGAAAAAGAUUGAAGACACUGGCAUAUCUGAAACAACAAUAUCGACGAUAUCAAAACACUUCUGCAAACCGCCAGAGCCGUGGGCAUUUGAAGUACACAAGGGAAUAAACAGAAUACUACAGAACAGGGAAAAAAUGGUAAAAGAAGGUAUAGCCGAUUGGGCCAUGGGAGAAGCUUUGGCUUAUGGUGCGUUAUUGAGGGACAAAAUACACAUCAGAUUUACUGGCGAAGACGUUGAGAGAGGAACUAUGGCUCAUAGGCACCACGUAUACCAUCACCAGGGUGUAGAUGGUGCUACACAUCGUGUUCUCGAUACACUGUAUCCGGACCAGUCGCACUAUAGUUUGCAUAAUAGCUCGUUAUCGGAGUUUGGUAUCCUGGGUUUCGAAGUAGGCUAUUCCUACUCAAGUCCUCACUUACUGACCAUCUGGGAGGCCCAGUACGGAGACUUUGCUGACACAGCACAACCAGUGUUUGAUACGUUUAUAGUGAAUGGGGAGAGCAAGUGGGUUUGUCAGUCGGGGAUCGUGGUGCAAUUACCUCAUGGUAUUGAUGGGGCUGGUCCAGAACAUUCAUCAGGGCGAGUGGAGCGUUAUCUUCAGCAGGCCGAUGACGAUGAGGACAAUAUUCCAGAUCUUGAUGAUAAGGAAAUGGCGUUGAAGCAACUAAGAGCAGCGAACUGGAUAGUAGCGAACGUGACGUCACCGGCCAACUAUUUCCACCUGAUUCGGCGGCAGAUCGCGUUGCCGUUCCGCAAACCUGUUAUAUUGAUGACGCCUAAAGUGGGGCUCAAACAUCCCUUCUACAGAUCACCGUUUAAAGACUUCUUGCCUGGAACUACUUUUCAGAGGGUAAUAAGCGACACCGGACCAGCCAGUAAGAACCCGAAAAAUGUGAAAAAGCUUAUAUUCUGUUCCGGAAAAGUUGCCAUUAUAAUAACAGACUUGCUGAAAGAGAAGAAGUUAGAAGAGAAGAUAGCCGUGUGUCGUAUAGAGCAAUUGUACCCGUUUCCUUACGAUCUGGUGCUGAAAGAAUUCUGUAAAUACGAUAAAGCCAAUGUGUUCUUCUGCCAGGAGGAGCAUAAGAACCAGGGACCUUGGCUCUUUGCUAAAGUGCGUUUGGAGAAUUUGUUUGGGAAGAAGAUUGGUUGUAUUUCCCGACCAUCGAGUCCCGCUUCAGCGACUGGCAUCAAGUGGAUGCACGCCAAGGAACUGACAGACCUCAAGAACAAAAUUAUAGAACUGUAAAUUGUUUGUGUUCUCGUUGUUGUUUAUUAAAUAUUUAUGUACCCUUUUUA